AUGUCUGCCCCUACCACCUCUGCGCCUGCCUCGUGCAAGGUUAUGCUUUCCAAGCAUGUGGCCAAUCGCUUGAUCACCGAGGUCCAGGAAGGUGUCAAGACUCUGGAGAAGCCGCCGCACCUGGUCGGAUUCCUAGCCAACAAUGACCCCGCUGCGCUGAUGUAUGCGCAAAUGACUCAGAAGACCUGCGAGGAGAAUGGAUUCAAGUACUCCAUGCGCGAAGUCACCCGUGACGACAUCGAAGAACACAUCCUCGCUGCCAACACCGACGACAACGUCGACGGUAUCAUCGUCUACUACCCCAUCUUCAACAACCGUCAGGACCAAUACCUGCAGCAGAUUGUGGAUAUCUCCAAAGAUGUUGAGGGUCUUAGCCACCGCUACAUCUUCAACAUGUACCAGAACAUCCGCUUCUUGGACCCAGAGACCAAGCGCCAGAAGUGCAUUCUUCCUUGCACUCCCUUGGCCAACAUUAAGAUCCUCGAGUACUUGAACAUCUACAACACCAUUCUUCCUUAUGGAAACAGACUUUUCGGCCACACUAUCUGCGUUGUGAACCGAUCUGAAGUUGUGGGACGUCCACUUGCCGCCCUGUUGGCCAAUGACGGAGCUUGUGUUUACAGUGUUGAUAUCACUGGUGUGCAAAAGUUCACUCGUGGCGAGGGAUUGCAGAAGCACAGACACGAGGUUGUGGACCUUGAGGGUGCUACCUUGAAGGAUGUCGUGCCUCUGUGUGAUGUUGUUAUCACCGGUGUGCCGAGUGACAAGUAUAAGUUUGACACCAGCUUGCUCCGCGAAGGUGCUGUUUGUGUCAACUUCUCCAGCGAGAAGAACUUCGGCCCUGAAGUCAAGGAGAAGGCCUCCCUCUACGUCCCCUCCAUUGGCAAGGUGACCAUUGUUGUCCUAAUGCGCAAUUUGCUGAGACUUAUCCAGAACAAGCGGGCGGACGACGUCAAGCCUGCCGCUGCCACAGAGCGCCCUGGCACUCUCGAGGCUGAGUCUACUUCAUAG